AAAGAAAACAUAAUCCAUCAGUAGCAGUAACAUAAGCUGAAGGAAGCAUCUUCACUGGUUCCAUUCAACCAUCAAUUAAACGCAUAUAAAUAGAGCUAUCUAACUAAAGAUAUUCAAGUUCCACUUCCACAAUCUUUGUUACCAAAAUGAAACUUUUACCUCUCAUGUUUCCUGCACUUCAAUUUUGGUUACUGCACCUUCUUUUAAUUUUCAACCCUGUCUCAAAUGCAGUUGCCUCUACAUUAGGAAACAAGUCUGAUCAUUUAGCAUUGCUCAAAUUCAAGGAAUCAAUAUCCAAUGACCCAUUUGGGGUCUUGGUCUCUUGGAAUGGUUCCACCCACUUUUGUAAGUGGCAUGGAAUCUCAUGCAUGAGUCAAAGAGUUACAGAGUUGAACCUAGAAGGAUACCAAUUGCAUGGAACUAUAUCUCCCCAUGUUGGCAAUCUCUCUUCCUUGAAAAUCCUAAACCUAGAAAGCAAUAGUUUCUUUGGAAAAAUCCCACAUGAAUUGGGUCACUUGUUUCAAUUGCAACAACUGCUUCUCACCAACAACUCCUUGGUAGGAGAGAUCCCUGCAAAUUUGACAAGUUGCUCUGAUCUCAGAGAAUUGUACUUAUAUGGCAAUAAUCUAAUUGGAAAUAUACCAAUUGGAAUUGGCUCUCUUUGGAAGCUUCAAGUAUUAGAAAUUGGGAAAAACAAUUUAACUGGAGGGAUCACUCCAUUCAUAGGGAAUCUUUCAUCCCUAAUUGCUAUCUCUGUGGCUUAUAAUAACUUAGAGGGACAUGUUCCACAUGAAAUAUGUUACCUUAAAAGCUUGAGAGUAAUAGUAUUAGAGGUCAACAAUUUCUCUGGUACAUUUCCUUCUUGUCUUUACAAUAUGUCAUCCCUUACUACAAUUGCAGCUGCAAAAAAUCACUUUGAUGGCUCUCUUCCACCUAGCAUGUUCCACACCCUUCCUAAUCUUCAAUUUUUUGGAAUUGGUGGGAAUCAAAUCUCAGGUUUUAUCCCCACUUCCAUUGCAAAUGCUUCUACCCUGACAGUACUUGAUAUCACAAGAAACAAUUUUACGGGACAAGUUCCAAGCCUAGGAAAGCUGCAAGAUGUUUGGCUUCUACAGCUAACUUACAACAAACUAGGUGACAAUUCAUCUAAUGAUUUGGAAUUUUUAAAUUCACUGACAAAUUGUAGCAAGUUGCAGAAGUUAUCUUUAGCUGGGAAUAACUUUGGAGGUAGUUUGCCUAAUUCCUUAGGUAACAUGUCCUCCCAACUUGAAAAUAUGCGUCUUGGGGGUAAUCAUAUAUCAGGGAAGAUUCCUGCUGGGUUAGGAAAUCUAAUUGGCUUAACCCUUUUGGCCAUGGAAAAUAACCAUUUUGAAGGGAUGAUUCCAGCCACCUUUUUGAAGUUUCACAAGAUACAAGUGUUAGACUUGAGUGGAAACCAACUUUCAGGAAAUAUUCCAGUGUUCAUAGGCAACCUCAGUCAGUUGUACCAUUUGGGCUUAGAACAAAAUAACUUAGAAGGAAACAUUCCUCUAAGCAUAGGAAAUUGCCAAAAGUUACAAUCUCUAAACCUUUCACAUAACAACCUUAGUGGAACCAUCCCCUCUGAGGUUUUUAGCCUUUUCUCAUUAACAAACUACUUAGACUUGUCACAAAACUCAUUGACUGGGAACCUACCUAUUGAAGUGGGUAGACUCACAAAUAUCAAUUGGUUGGAUAUCUCUGAGAAUCAUUUGUCAAGUGCCAUUCCUGUAACCUUUGGAGAAUGCCUAAGCUUGGAGUAUCUUUAUUUGCAAGGGAAUUCCUUCCAUGGAAUCAUUCCACCCUCUUUGGCUUCACUUAAAGUUCUUCAAUGUUUAGACCUGUCAAGAAACCGGUUGUCGGGAUCAAUUCCUAAAGCCCUACAAAAUCUUUUGUUUAUGGAGUACUUCAAUGUUUCUUUCAACAUGUUGGAUGGUGAAGUGCCAACAAAAGGUGUCUUUCAAAAUGGAAGCGCGUUAGCAGUGACCGGAAACAAAAAUCUUUGUGGUGGUAUUUUAGAAUUGCAUCUACCACCAUGCCUUAAGGAAGGUAAGAAACCUACAAAGCACCAUAAUUUCAAGUUGAUAGCAGUGGCAGUUAGUGUGGUUGCUUUUCUUCUGAUUUUGUCAUUUCUUCUAACAAUCUACUGGAUGACGAAAAGAAGAAAGAAGCCAUCUUCUGAUUCACCAGUAAUUGAUCAACUGGCUAGGGUUUCAUACCAAGACCUACAUCAGGCAACCGAUGGAUUCUCAGCCGGAAACUUGAUUGGAUCAGGAAGUUUUGGUUCUGUAUACAAAGGGAAUCUUGUGUCAGAAGAUAAAGAUGUUGCUGUAAAGGUCUUGAACCUUAAAAAGAAGGGAGUUCACAAGAGUUUCGUUGCUGAAUGUAAUGCUCUUAAAAACAUUAGGCAUCGAAAUCUGGUUAAAAUUUUAACAUGUUGUUCUAGUGCAAACUUCAAUGGUGAAGAAUUCAAAGCUCUAGUUUUUGAGUACAUGGAAAAUGGAAGCUUAGAACAAUGGCUGCAUCCAAGGAUAGAGCAUCCAAGAGCACUAGACCUUAAUCAAAGAUUAAAUAUCAUCAUCGAUGUUGCCUCCGUAUUACAUUAUCUUCAUCAUGGAUGCGAGCAAGUAGUCGUUCAUUGUGAUCUAAAGCCAAGCAAUGUCCUUCUUGAUAAUGACAUGGUUGCUCAUGUAAGUGAUUUUGGCAUAGCAAGGAUUCUCUCAACCAUUGAUGGUACAUCUGAUAAGCAAACUAGUACAAUUGGAAUUAAAGGGACUAUUGGAUAUGCUCCUCCAGAGUAUGGAGCAGGAUCUGAAGUGUCCAUAUAUGGAGAUAUUUAUAGCUUUGGGAUUCUUAUGUUGGAAAUACUUACUGGAAGAAAACCAACUGAUGAAAUGUUUCAAGAUGGUCUAAAUUUGCAAAAAUUUGUUGAAAUUUCAUUUCAUGGUAAUCUCUUACAAAUUUUGGAUCCAUCACUUGUACCAGGAGAGGAGGAAGCAGAAGAAGGAAAUGGUAGGACAGUUGAUAAGUGCUUAGCAUCUCUUUUUAGGAUUGGACUUGCUUGUUUAGCGGAAUCGCCAAAAGAAAGGAUGAAUAUGAUGGAUGUUAAGAGAGAGCUGAACAUAAUCAGAGAGGCCUUUCAAGCUGGUAAAAUAAAUAGAAACUGACUAAGAUAAUCAUGUAUAACUGGAAAAUACAAUGUAGAUUUGCCAGUUUCACAUUGUUGCUAACUUGCUAUGGCCAAAUUGAGAUUUCUAGAUGCUUAAUUGCAUGCUGCACCAGCUUUGGCUCUUAAUGUAUUUCCAAAUUCUAAAACUACAAGGCAUGUUUUUCUCAAAUUUAAGGUGCCGACACAUGUGAAAAAUUAAAGCUGUAAUAAAAUGCCACAGUCAUUUUGUUAAUAGAUUGAUGUGUUUUUAGUA